ACGUUAACUGAAGUUUCAACUUUAACUUUACCCAGACAACGUUUACGUUAGCUAGCUAGCUUAGCUUGUAAUUAGCCACUGUUCGGUAUUUUGGGGUCACCCAGUUGACCAAUGGAUCUUUCUAAUGAUGCACACAAACUAUAUGGACUAAAUGCAUUACAACAAUAACCUGAAGCAAUAUUAAGUCACUAUAAGAUCAUUCAGCCACUUGCCGUGCUCUGCCACUUUCUGCCCACAAGCACACAAGUCCAGACUAGUUUCAAUGGCUGGCGCGCUCAGGUACGUGAACGUGCACGCUGAAAAGCGUAUAGAGCAGCUCGUCUAUUGGUCACGUGUCUGCCAAUCUAAAAUACUGGCCAAUCCUAGUGAAGGAGGCGGGAUUUAUUUACAACGACGCACGACACCGGAAAAGAGUGUCCUCUUCAUGCCAAAGCACUUUUCUGAAAGUUUUGUUGUUGUUUACAGUGAGACAGUGUCACAGCACCAGCUGUUAGCACUCCGGCAACUGUCUCUAGGAUAUUUAAAUAUUUGUCACUUUAUUACUUUUCAUUUUAAAUAGCCUGUGGCAUAUGCUUAUAUCCGUAAGAGCUCCACGGUCAACUUUUAUUAAAGUUUUGCUUGCUACUAGCUAACGUUACCGGUGUCCUAGCCGGCCAGCUCUUGGUGGAUGUGAGUCAGCAAACUUUGUGCUAGGCUAGCUGCUGUCAUUUUGAAGAAGUCCCUUUUGUGUCACCAUGGACCAUAGUGGCGCUCACCCAGUGAAACUGUACGUUUACGACAUGUCCAGAGGCAUGGCCCGCCAGAUGAGUCUCCUCAUGCUAGGGAAACAGCUUGAUGGGAUAUGGCACACUGCUGUUGUGGUCCAUGGAAAGGAGUUCUACUUUGUAGGAGAAGGCAUCAACCAUUGUUCACCCGGUGGGAGCUCCUUGGGUGAGCCUGACUUUGUAGUGGACCUGGGCUCCACUGAGGUGCCUGAAGAGAUCUUUAUGGUGUACCUGACUUCACUGGGAGAGUCCACAUACAGAGGUGACAAGUACAACCUGUUUGAGCACAACUGCAAUGCUUUCAGCAAUGAGGUGGCUCAGUUCCUCACAGGCAAAAAGAUCCCAUCGUACAUUACGGACCUUCCUUCUGAAGUGCUGUCCACGCCUUUCGGCCAGGCUCUCCGUCCUUUACUGGAUUCCAUCGUCAUAAAUCCCGGAGGCAGCAACAUAACUGGACAGCGGUAGACAGGGCUGUGCACAUUAAAGAAAGUACUUCAAUCCAAUGGUCGUUGAAGUGGGUGAGACUAUCACCAUCAGCCGCCAAUGAGACUCUGAUAACAUCUCUGCCUGUGGCUGACAGGUUGAUCUUUGCUAUAAGUCACUUUUCCAGCUAACCUGCCAUCAUUUGGACGGCCUUCUCUAUUAAGUUUCAAGUUCAGUUUCUGUUUAUUCUAUACAUCUGAGGUUUUAAGGUGUGCCAACCACUGGUGCUAGGGCACUGAAAGAGUACAUUUCUACUCUGGGUGCAAUCAGUGAGAUGCAGCUACAAGUUUUUAUGUUCAUAAAAGGAGAGUACGUCACCUGGUUUAAUCAUGUCCUCCAGAUUUGUAUUUUAAAUUGUUAUUUGAGAGGCUGAAGUGAUCUCUUCCUGUACUGGUACUCUUGAGAGACUUUUUAAAUGAACAUCUUCAUCCUUCCUAAGAGUCGAUUAGGAAGUGUGUUAAAAUUAGAUUACCAGUACAGAAAUGGAUUUAAGAAUGUUGUUCCCUUGGUAUGUAACUUGGUUUAUACCUUGCCAGCUGUCUAAAAGCAAACAGACUAAUCCUACCUCAGCCAUAUCAUGCUCUUACCAAACAUCGGUCUUGUCUUCCACCCUUUUUGGUACCAUAUCAAUGACCGUUGACAGCUCCUUGGGGAAGAGAGUGUAGUUUAAUGCUUCUUAUAAGAUGCCGCGUUCCCUCCCAUCACUUCACUUCCUAGUGGCCAUUUACACAAGUUAGAUGGAAUUUACAGUUGUUAUUCUCUCUCUUCAUCAUCAGGAAAGCUGUUCUUUACAAUUUAUCAGGAGAGAGAUUUAAGCAGUAAUGCUCAAAUCUGUAUUUUUAAUGGAGUUUAUAAAGGCUCCAAGGCUUUGCAGUCCUAUAAAUGUGUUACUUUAAUAAUGGAAUAAAAAGAAAUACACUUCAAGGUCUAGCUGGAUCCAGAUCUGCACAUGUUCAGUUCAUGGUGAAGCUAACAAUGCUCCUAGAUGCCACGAUGUAACAAAAGAUUUCUCUUAAAAUCCAGAAACCGCACAUGGGUCCAGAUUAUUACCAAAAACUAGACCGUUGUUCAGUGGUCCAUGGAAUUAUUAAAUUCCAUUGCAUACAAACAAACAUACAAGACCAAAAUGGUAACCUCUGUGGCAGAGAUAAUACUUCUUCUCUUCAGAAACCACAUUAGACCAUUUAUUCCCCGAAGGAGCUCAGGCUAAUCUCAGUGUAAAUUUUAGUAUAAAUGUGUUUUUUAAGAAGUAGAGCUGUCAAACUCGCCACACUGCCCUAUUUUUCUAAUCAUUCAUCUUUUUAACAUGUUUUUUUCUUCUUCUGGCCUUUCUUUGUAUUCAGUGUUUUAGAAAACACAGUUUGACCACAUCUAUGGGCCUGUCUUCACUAAAGAGAUUCUGAGAUUAAUGCUUCUUUCAGGGACAUCUGAUGACCACACAGCAUAGGAUUGUUUUUUUAAUAUAUAGGACCAAUUUGUGCAUCUUUUUGCUGCUUCUCUUGCCAAGACUUAGAGUUUAUUCAAUUUAUAAAGACAGAUAUGUAAUAACCUUAAAUAUCUUAAUAAUACUGAAGUUUUGUAUAGUUUCUAUUUACAUGAUUAAGCCAGGCAUAAUGAAUUAUAUUCACAGCAGGUGUUCUGCCAACAGCCACUUACCUGCAUCACUGAGGGGCCAUUAAUCCCUCCUUAAAGAAAAACAUUGCUGAUGCCAUCUGUGUCUUUAGUUUUACUCUAACUGACCUUCCUGAAAAGUUGACUAGGAAUUAUGGUUAUUUUGAGAAUAGUUGUUAUUAUUAUUUCACCUAGUAGACCUAUUAAAUUGUCUUAAAUAUAAUUUUACAUACAUGCACAAGGGCUCUCAAGUCGCUUAUCAUUCUCUUAAAUUGGACUAUAUAAGGUCUUAAUUUAUUAAUUUUUAAUCUGAUUUCAUUUUACUUUUGCACUUAAGUGACCCUGUCAGGAAAAAGCCUAUGCUAGAUAAAACUUGCUUUAUAGUGAACUGUCGUACUGACCUGCUGAGAGAAAUCAACAGAAACAUUCACGUUCACACAUUAUAAACAUUGUUCUGCAAGUUGUCAAAUGUGUGACAUUUAAAACUUUGCUCAAGUUGUGAUAUUAAAAUAUCUUUUAUGUCUUAA